AUGGAACAAGCAUUAAGUAAAUAUCUAAUGAAUUUUAAUCAGUUACUAUGUUCGUCUGAUUCAUUAUUUUUAGGCACAUUAGUGAAAGAGGAACUCAAAAAUAAUAUUGCUGUAUACUUUUUGUAUCUUGAAAAGCAUGUGGAAGAGAUAAUGAAGAAGAUUUCACCAUUUAUUGCACAAGGGAUAUCGGAAAAAGGAUUGAAAGGCGCGUUAGAUUUAAACUUUGCGAUUACUCGUUUGCAUACUCCACUAUGGUAUGAUGAAGAAAUGGAAGAAAUUGAAGGUUCAUAUCAAGAUAUCAGUCGAUUAAGUCUGUUGCCUGAAUUAAUCAAAGAUGCUUGCAGUAUUAUCGGAGCGUGA